UCCACCUUGUAUGCUCGUGUUGCAGCAUGCUUGUGUUUGUAGAUUGCUUCAUUUUAAAGGGUUUUAUGGUGAAUGAUUACUUCUUAAUCAUGAGGACAUGAGUUCAUCUGUUGGAUUUUCAGCGCAAGUGUUUGGAUUUCUGUUUGUUUUUGUUUACUUUGGUGGCGAUCGGUUUGAUCUGAUUAAAAAGUUCACUUUUCAAACGGAGAUGUUGGACACCCAGCGAUAAACAUCUGACAAUUUAUUUUUAAAAAUCUGAGUUCUGAUGGAGCAGAUGGUGUAUUCAUGACAGAAAACGUCUUUGCAAGUUUGUAAACAGCGAAACUGGGAACCCACCUGAACCCGAUGGACGACCCGGUGGAUCGGUGUCCCGUUAAACGCUCUAACAGCAUCUUGCAGAAGUGCCUUCUCGUGUUACUGGAGCUCUAAAAGCAGAGCCUGACUGUACUAAAGCGGUCAUGUGUUCAGUGUUUUCUCUUCAGGACUGGUGUCGAGGUGUUUGUGAAGGUUACAGUGAUGUCCAGAUCACAGACAUGAGCUCCUCGUUCACUGAUGGACUGGCCUUCUGUGCGAUCAUCCACAAACACAGACCGGACCUACUAGAUUUCCACUCUCUGUCCAAACACAAGGCCGGUGAGAACAUGCGACUGGCGUUCAGUGUUGCGGAGCGUGAGCUGGGUGUUCCUGCUCUUCUGGAUCCGGAUGAGCUGCUGUGUGAGGAGCCGGAUCUGCUGUCCAUCAUCACGUACGUCUCUCAGCUCUACUGUGUGUUCAGUGGAAGAUCUGAUGACACUCAGAAGAACCACCUGGAGGAUGAACCUCACAGAACCAGAGCAAACACUUGGUUGUUCUCUUCAGAUGUGAUCAGGUCUUCAGACAGAAGUGUGUGUAGAGUUUGUCACACACACGUUCAUCUCAUUCAGAGAGUAUUGGUGAAGGGUCGCCUGUAUCACCGCUCCUGCUUCAGAUGCAGUCUCUGCCGUCGCUCUCUGCUGCCGAUGUCUUUCACAGAACACAGUGAGACGGGUUCACUGAGGUGCAGUUACCAGUGUAAACCUGCUGGUGAACACACAGAUCAACACUCACACACACACACCUGUGAGACGGAGAGAGACAGAGGAGAGGCGGAUGGAGAGAUUGUAGAAAAGAUGAGUGAAGUAUGUCUCUCAGAUUCACCCGGAACUGACCAACAAGCUGUUUUACUCCACGAUCCACAACAUCAGACAGACAAAAGCAGUGGAGAGACAGAAGGAGACAGAGGAGAGAUGGACAGAAACGGUGGAGAGACAGACAGCAAGAGAGUAGAGACAGACAUAAAUGGUGGAGAGACAGACAGAAAUAGAGAGGAGGCAGACAGAAUCUGUGGAGAGACUGACAGAAACAGAAGAGAGACAGACAGAAAUGGUGGAGAGACAGAUGAAGAUGUGAGUGAUGGCCGUCUCUCCUCCUCCUCAUCAGAGUCUGAUGUACAAACACCUCCCAGACCUGCUCCAAGAAAAAGGGCGGAGCCUCAGGACCAUCCCUGCCUUGCCCCCAGAUCACAUGACCAUCGCCCUGAAAACGUUCUGCCUCAGAGAGCCGUGUCAAAGGAUCAUCCCUGGUUAAAGCUGGUUAAUCCGGGCCCCUGGUAUCAUCUUCCUCCAGUUCCAGUUUAUUCCCGCCACCGACCCCCGACCUUUAACCCCUUCCAGGAGGUGGAGGAGGAGGAUAAACAGCGAAACUCUGUCAGUUGUGAAACCUCAGUCUCACACAAACCCCAAACUUCAUGUUCAGCUCCCAGCAUGCAUCAGGCUGCCGCCGUUCAUGGUUUCCCGCUCAUCAAGAGGAAGAUUAAUUUAGACACUCGUGUAUCGGAGCAGCAGGUGUGUGUGGAGCAACAGAAGCUGGAGGAGCGUCUGCAGGAUCUGGAGAGGAGAGGAGUUCAGCUAGAGAGAGACAUGAGGACACGCUCAGACCAGAGUCUUCUAGUGGACUGGUUCUUUCUGGUUCAUCAGAAGAGCAUGUUGGUGCGCAGAGACGCUGAGCUGAUGUACAUGCUAAAGCAGCAGCGUCUGGAGGAUGAUCAGGCUGAUGUGGAGCUGGAGAUCAGACGCCUCCUCAACAAACCAGAGCUGGACUGGACUGAAGAGGACAGAGGUCAGGAGCAGCAGCUGAUGUCACGCCUGCUGUCAAUCAUCCAGCAGAGGAGUGACAUCAUCAGCAGCCUGGAGCUGGACAGGCAGAGGGAGCAGGAGGAGGAUGAGAUGCUGAGCACCGUCAUUCAGAGGAGCGAGCUGCUGACAGACACUCACAGACAACUGCAUAACAGCAGACGGAGGUUCAAACAGUUGCAGAUCUUCCAGAUGUCCAGCAGAAAGAAGAGCAGCAGAUGAUGAAGGACAGACACAGAUGAAGAGCAGCAGAUGAUGAAGAGCAGCAGCAGAGGAAACGGUGGUUCAACUGAGGCUGAAAACAUCACUGAGACUUCACUGUUAUUAUCUGUGGAUGAAGAUUAAGCAGAGACACAACACCUCUGCAUUACUGGGCUCUCUGAUUCUGCUAAUCAUCUCCAUCACUGUUUAUAAAUGUGUGUGAGCUUCUGCAGUGUGUUUGUGAUGAUCACACUAGACACGCUUGUCCUCCCUCCGCUCUCCUCCUCGGCCUGCACUCUCUGUAUUUCUCCUUCUGGGCUGGAGCACUCUUCCUCAUCGAUGAUGCUCUGUUCAGUUUAACAGUAGAGACGUGUUCUCGCUCAGCACAGUGGACAUGGCUGUAGUCAUGUUGUUUUCUAUUAGUUUAUUGGUUUGGGAUGCAGUGACUCACAGAUCUUCAGCUGAACAGAUCCAGCACUGUUGAUCAUGAAUGUUGAUGAAGUCCUGGUGCUGCAGGAAUUAGGAGGUUCGCUGUGGUGCAGUGAGGGGUUUGUGUCUUUAAUAAUCUACGACAGUUUGUGUUCAUUGAACAGUGAGAAUGUCUUCAGUUUCAGGCUCUGCACUCACACUACAAGUUUACCGCAGUAAAACCCAAGUGAACCACGCUCUGGCACACCUCUUCCAACUGGGCCAGGGUCAGCCAAGUGACCCACACCUGAGCUCAAUUCAGAGCACUCACACCUGUCAAAGGCAUUGGGAAAUGCGCCCAGGUAUGGUUCAGAUAGUCUAGUGUGAGCGCAGCUUUAGUUCACCCAAAACUGAAAACUCUGUCAUCAUUUGCUCUUGCUUUACUGUUUGUUGUGCUUUACUUUACUAACCUGUUUGAGUUUCUUUCUGUUGAAUACAAGAGAAGAUACUUUGAGAAAUGCUGGAUAUCUCUAAUCAUUGACUCCACAGCCUGUGUUUUCCUACUAUAGAAGUCAAACUGAAGCUUCCUUCAAAAUAUUUUCUUUUGUCAUCAACAGAAAAUUGAAACACUGAGUAAAGUCUGAUUUAUACUUCUACGUCAAACACCGGUGUAUGCUACGGCGC